CCAGGGGUUUAAGAGCGCAGGCCGCCUCCCGCUAGGGUUUUUCGGAUCUCGCCUCUCCCCCUCUUCCUCCCCGCCCCCAACCCGCCGCCGCCCGCCCGCCGGGACCCAGCCCAAGCUCGAGCGCCAGCCAGCCAUGGCCAUCGGAUCUCUCAUCGCCUCCAGGCUGGCCCGCUCCGGCCACGCCCUCGCCGCGCGCGCCAUCGCCCAGGCUCCCAGGACCCACCAGCAUCAUCACGCGGCGUCCCCCCUGCUCUCCAGGCUCGGAGCCGUGGCCCGCGCUUUCAGCUCGAGGCCCGCUGCCGCAGAUGUCAUCGGGAUCGAUUUGGGUACUACGAACUCGUGUGUCUCCGUCAUGGAAGGAAAGACACCACGGGUGAUUGAGAAUGCUGAAGGCGCGCGGACAACACCCUCCAUUGUUGCCACCAACAACAAAGAAGAGAUCUUGGUUGGCAUCACUGCCAGUCGACAGGCAGUAACAAAUGCCGAGAACACAGUUCGUGGGUCCAAGCGACUGAUUGGUAGAGCUUUUGAUGACCCCCAGACACAGAAGGAAAUGGAUAUGGUGCCUUACAAGAUUGUCAGGGGAACAAAUGGUGAUGCCUGGGUGGAGAUGGCCGGGAAGGCAUACUCCCCAAGCCAGAUUGGUGCAUUUGUUCUUACCAAGAUGAAGGAAACUGCAGAGGCUUACCUUGGCAAGUCGGUCUCCAAGGCUGUUAUUACAGUCCCAGCUUAUUUCAAUGAUGCUCAACGUCAGGCCACCAAGGAUGCUGGCAGGAUUGCUGGGUUGGAGGUGAUGAGGAUCAUCAAUGAGCCCACUGCUGCAGCUCUGUCGUACGGAAUGAACAACAAGGAGGGCCUGAUUGCUGUAUUUGACUUGGGUGGUGGCACAUUUGAUGUAUCAAUCCUUGAGAUUUCUAAUGGCGUUUUUGAGGUCAAGGCGACCAAUGGAGAUACUUUCCUUGGUGGUGAAGACUUUGAUGCUGCAUUGUUAAACUACCUGGUUAGUGAAUUUAAGAACUCUGACAAGAUUGAUCUGAGCAAGGACAAGUUAGCACUGCAAAGGCUCAGGGAAGCUGCUGAGAAGGCGAAGGUUGAGCUUUCCUCGACCCCACAGACUGAAAUCAAUCUCCCCUUCAUCACAGCAGAUGACUCUGGUGCGAAGCAUUUCAACAUUACCUUGACCAGAUCAAAGUUUGAGUCUCUUGUGGGUAAUCUCAUUGAGAGAACACGCAUCCCAUGCACAAACUGCCUCAAGGAUGCUGGUGUUUCUGCAAAGGAGGUUGAUGAGGUUCUACUGGUUGGUGGUAUGACAAGGGUGCCAAAGGUCCAGGAUAUUGUUUCUCAGAUAUUCGGCAAGUCGCCAAGCAAGGGUGUCAAUCCUGAUGAAGCUGUUGCCAUGGGAGCUGCCAUUCAGGGUGGCAUCUUGAGGGGUGAUGUGAAGGAGCUCUUGUUGCUGGAUGUCACACCACUUUCCCUUGGUAUUGAGACUCUUGGAGGCAUCUUCACAAGGCUAAUCAACAGGAACACUACAAUUCCAACCAAGAAGAGCCAGACCUUCUCCACUGCUGCAGAUAACCAGACACAGGUUGGAAUCAAGGUGCUUCAGGGUGAGAGGGAGAUGGCUACAGAUAACAAGCUUCUUGGUGAAUUCCAGCUUGAAGGCAUUCCACCAGCCCCGAGGGGUAUGCCACAGAUUGAGGUCACUUUUGACAUUGAUGCCAAUGGUAUUGUCAAGGUGUCAGCAAAGGAUAAGUCCACGGGCAAAGAGCAGGAUAUCACCAUCAAAUCUUCAGGUGGUUUGUCUGACAGUGACAUCGAAAAGAUGGUGAAGGAGGCUGAGCUAAAUUCUCAGAGGGAUCAGGAAAGGAAGUCUUUGAUUGACCUCAGGAACUCUGCCGAUACCACCAUCUACAGCAUCGAGAAGAGCGUCAGCGAGUACAAAGACAAGGUUCCUGCUGAAGUCGUCACGGAAAUCCAGUCUGCUGUUUCUGAUCUGAGAGCAGCAAUGGCUGGUGAUGAUUUGGACGCCAUCAAGCAGAAGCUGGAGGCAGCGAACAAGGCAGUCUCAAAGAUUGGACAGCACAUGCAGGGUGGUGGCGGCGCUGCCGGCGGCGACGGUGACAGCGGCAGCAGUGGUGGCGACCAGACUCAGGAAGCUGAGUACCAGGACCCCAAGGAGGCCAAGAUGUAGAUUUGUUCUGCAUCAGGUUUCUUCUACUUUUUUGUGUACCCAGUUUAGGAAGUUAAUAUCUUUAUCCUACCUCCGUCUGCUUAGGUUUCUAAGAGGGCUACGACGAUACCUGUAACAUUUUGGCAAUUGUUUGAAUUGCGGAUAAAUUGUGAGAGGAGCAAACUCAUAACCUAUAUCGGUUAAUAUAUUUGGCCAUUUGCCACAUUGUCUUUUUGCAA